CCUUAACGCUCUAUCUUGUCUAUUAGUAGUUAUGGUCGCGAUCGCAAGUCAAAUGGACGCAUGUACUUUUUGAAAAAGAUUUUGUUGAUAAACUUAACAAUAAAGUUAUCGGUUUCUCACGGAAAGUAAUUACGGGGAGAGGUGAACGCACAGGCGACCAACAAUAAUUAGUGGUAUGCAUCGCUGAGGGAUAAAGCCGCGUCCUCCGGAAGACUCUCAAUCGGCCACAUCUCGCAAUCACAUUAAGCGGUCAUUGCUGCAGCCUGCGGAGCUCCAGGCGCUAGUGAAAGUCGGGCUCGUAUGGAGCCGUGGAGAAAAUGCGUUUAAAGUGAAAUCUGCGGUGAAGUGAAGUGUUUUUAAUGGAUAACGUAAACUUUGACGCGAGCGGCGAGGACAUCGAGCGGGCGCUCAUGGACCUGGGCCCGCUGCUCGGCGUCGCCAUCAAGGAGGAGGCGCCGGACGAGCUCGCAGCGCCCGCGGCGCCCGCCGCUCCGCCCAGCGUGAGUACCGACUCCGCGCUCUCUGGUGCUCUCGCGAGCGACACCUUACAUUACAACCUUGAAGAGUUUGUCUUUUGGGUGGUGAGCGCAUGCGACGGCGCGGAAGGCGAGCGCGCCUGCGCCGGCGCGGACUCCGGCGAGCGCGCGGACUCGCUGGAGUCCCCGCGCGCCGGGGCCGCGCUGGCGGCCGCGCGCUGCGCGCUCUGCGGCUCCGCGCUGGCGCUCGCGCCAGGCACGCCCAAGCUCAUGGAGUGUCUGCACUCGGCGUGCGAGCCCUGCAUCAACGCCAAGAUCGAGGAGAAGCAGGCCUCGAGGGACUUCUGCGGUGGCGACCGCAUCACAGUGCAGUGCCCGGUGUGUCGCCUGCAGUGCCAGCCCGCCAACAUGAUCGACCAGCGCUUCGUGUUGGAGAAGCUGUGUCCGGACACGCCACCCGCAGCGGCAGAGCGCGACCAGCACUGCAGCAGCUGCGAGGAGCCGGAGCCAGCCACCAGUUACUGUACGGACUGCGCAGAGUUCAUCUGUGACAGCUGCGUGCAGGCCCACCAACGGUUAAAGAUCACAAAAGACCACACAAUCAAGAGCAAGGACGAGGCGAUACAAGAGCAGCAGGCCGCGCAGCCCGCCGCGCACGACAUGUUCUGCGCGGAACACCCACAGGAACGGCUAAGCCUGUUCUGCGAGACGUGCGACCGCCUGACGUGCCGCGACUGUCAGCUGCAGCACCACCGCGACCACAAGUACCAGUUCAGCACGGAGAUGGCCCAGCAGGCUCGGGCGCACAUAGCGUCGCUGCUGUCCGAGGUGUCGUACAAGCGCGUGCUGCUCGGCUCGGCCAUGAAGGUGAUCCGCGAGAGGCAGGUGCUCAUCGCCGACAAGAAGAAGGCGCUGGUGCACGAGAUCACGCAGACCGUCGUCAAACUAACGAAUGCGAUAAACACGCGCGGUAAGCAGCUGGUACUGCGACUAAACGAAGUGUGCGACGGCAAACAACGCACGCUGAGCGAGAAGAAAGAUGCGCUAGAGCAGCUCGCCAAUAUCACGGACCACUGCGUAGAAUUCGUCAGCGCUGCGCUGCAGCAGGGCAGCGACACAGCGGUCCUAUACAGUAAGCGCGCUGUGUGUGCACACUUGCAGCGCAUCAAAAGCCGGCGCGCGGACAUCCCCAACCCCGAGAUACCUGUUCGGAUCGCACUGGCCUUGGACAAGCUGCCCGAUCUCGUUAAAGUGCUGUCUUCGAUCGGGGCCAUAGUGGUGGACGGCAAGGUGGACGGCGGCGGCGCGGCGGCGCAGGGCCCCUACCACCCCCCUCCGCCGCCCCCCCACCCCGCGCACCCCCCGCAACCCCCGCAGCCCGCCGCCGUCAGCGCCGCGCUACAUCACGCCGCUGCGAUGCAACAGCAGUCGUACGCGAACUCGGGCAUGGGCGGCGUGGGCGCGGUGGGCGGCUACAUGUCGGCGCUGGCGUCGCUGCGCACGCGGCCGCACGCUGCGCACGCGCUGCAGCACACGCCGCUGCGCCACGCGCACGUCACCUCCACCACGCACCCGCACCAUCUACACGGUAUGACCGAGCUGAAUUUACGCGGACUCCUGAACCAAGGCUCGGGGCGCGGCGCCGCGCGCUCGCCGCUCCAGCAGCACCCCGCGAUGCACCACUAUCAGCAGAUGAUGGGCGCGUACGCGGCGAGCAGCGCGUACGCGGCGGCGGGGCAGAGCGGGCGGCGCUCGGGCGGGCCGCGCACGCCGUCGCCCGCGCCGCACACGCCGCCGCAGCCGCAGCCCGCCAAGUGGCACAUCCCGCAGCAGGGGCUCCUCAACGGUGGGUUCGACAUGUCGCUGCCGCACGGGUCGGGCUCGCCGGGCGGCGCGGGCGCAGGCGCGGACUACAAGAUCACGCUGGGCCGCGCGCGCGCCGCGCCGCCUUCCGCCGUCACCUCCACCAACCCCAAGACCCCCAGCCCCAGUCUCAACGGCGGCGCCGGCGUAGAACUAGAUAAAGUAUGCGCCGAGUCGGUGCAAGACCUGAUGGCCACUAUCGCCAAGUUGGAUUCGAACGGCGUGCAGGUGCUCCCUGAACAGCCCCGCGCCGAGCCCGCCGUGCAUUCCUCUACCGACACCGCCGUAGCGCCAGCCACGGCGGCCCCCGCCGCGGCCCCCGGCGGGGACCCCAACGAGGACUGGUGCGCCGUGUGCAUGGACGGCGGCGAGCUCAUGUGCUGCGACAAGUGCCCCAAGGUGUUCCACCAGUACUGCCACAUACCCACCAUCGAGAAACUGCCCGACGAGACAGAAACAUGGCAGUGCCUGCUAUGCGUGAACUUCGCCGAACUGCCCGAAGAACCUCGCUCGCCCGGCGAAACCAUAUCCCCGCGAGAACAGAAGCUCAUGGAGCGAGUCACGCUCGAGCUGUACUGCCAGUACGAGCCCAGCCUGCCCUUCCGCGAGCCCGUGUCCCAGCUCAACCACGACUACCACAGCAAGAUCUCGCGGCCGAUGUGCCUGGACAUGAUCCGCGCGAGGCUGCAGCCGCGCUCGGCGACGCGCUACGCGCACGUGGCGCACUUCGUGGCCGACGUGCGGCUCAUGUUCCGCAACGCGCGCCUCUAUAAUCCGCCUGAGUCCACGAUCCACUCGGACGCCGUCCGGCUGGAGCAGUUCUUCGACGUGUCGCUGCAGAAGUGGCUCCCCGAGUACGCGCACUGGAGCGGCGAGGGCGAGCCGCCCGCCAAGCGCAUGCGCGCCGACUGACCCGCGCCGGACCCGGACC